AUGUCUGCACCACCGCCUUCGACCCCUCCUCGAAGGGAAUUCAACAUCCCGCCACGCUCUCCCGGUUUCUCCCCGGGGUUUAACAUCCCCUCAAGCCCUUCAAGCCCAGCGCGACACCUGAGGCCCGAUCACUCGACCCUCGUGCUCCCUUCAACGACGACUCCGAUCGUCUCGCCGCCACCCUCACCUCGUCCACUCUCAUCGCGAACACCGAGUCCGCUCCCCGAAUUCACCGACAAAUACGGUGGCUACGGUCUUCCACGGUCCGACAGUAACCGAUCCUUGAGGCCGGAUGAGGAUCUGCUCUUGUCGACUUCAGUAUCGCCGAAGAAGAGGCGCAGUCCGCCCAGGACGAUGUCGUCAUCUGAUCGGGAUGCCGCAGGACCUUCAACUCUUCUGCUACUCGUCAUAGUCUUAUUGGGCAUGAUCGCCUUCUUCCUCUUACUUUCGGCGAUGGGCACCCGAGUUUCGGAGCCGACCAAAAGAGUCGCCGCCAAACUCAAGCCCCUCGUGCCGAGCGUCAUCACACGACUGUUACGGACUUCCCCGACCGCGGCCGUCGGACUACAUCCAAUUCUUACUCUUAUAACGUCGUCACGACUCGCAUGGUCCAAAAAAUUGGGUGCACAGUCGACGACGUUUGACAAGUUCUCGAAGACCUACAUCGCUCGCUAUAACCGACCGGUCCCACCAGGGAUGGACAAGUGGUUCGCCUUUGCCACUCAAGGGCGUAAUCAUUCGCUCGUCAACGAGUACGACACAUUGAUGCAAGAUCUCCUACCCUACCGCUCUUUGACACCGCAAGAGCUGCGUCGUCGUACCGCCGAACUCGCUUCCGUCCCAGGGAUCAGUAUCGUCUCGAUUCGAAAUGGUGUCGCUCAGGUGCACUCCAAGAGUGGCAAGUGGGCACCGGCGUCGGCGUUCCAGCAGAUGCUUAGUCCGUAUGUAAAGGAAUUGCCUGAUAUGGAUAUUGCGAUCAAUGAAAAGCCAGAGGGCAGGGUGCUGCCUCGGCGACGGAAGGAGAUCUCUUGGGCAGAUUUUGGUCUUGAAGAACAGCUCGCUUUGGGCGGUACGUUGAUAGUGCUCGAGACCACAACAGGCACCGUGUGGGUGAUGAAGCUGAUGCUUUCCUCUUGAACUCACAGGGACUCUGGAUCCAUCGUUAAAGCCGAGUCUGAAGAAUUUCACCAAUGAGUGGAAGCGGGACGGAUCCGUAUGGGACGCGUACCGAGAAUCGUGCCCGGACGGAUCGGCAUCUCGUCGCUCGUUUGAGUCCCUCCGAUCCGCUGAAUCAGGCUUGCAGAUCCAAGGACGACCGAGCGCGGGCGAGAUGACGGUCUCCCGUCGACGAGGUGGCGGCGAGGCGAUCCCUGCCGGACGGGAGUUAUCCUUUGCAGCCGACGUUGAUGCCCAAGCCGAAAUCUGCUCGAUGCCUUCGAUGCACACCUUGCAUUCGGCUUUCUACUCGGACCAGCGUUCAAUCGAGCAGCUCUUCCCUGUCUUCUCUGCGUCCAAGCCUUCGGGAUACGCCGACAUCUUGAUCCCUUCGCAUCAUUACUGGCAACCGUCGAGCGAGUUUACGUACGAAUGGGAGCUCAAGCGAGGUCGAACCAAGGUGCCGACCGAUUUGGAUUGGGAGGAAAAAACGCCGACUGCGUAUUGGAGGGGCAAAGUGACCAAAGGGGCUGAUACGCCACCUGGCCAUAGCGCCUCGUUCCAAAAACAGCGUCUCGUCAAACUCGCGAAUCAACCCAUCUCGUUGGGGCAAGAAACGGUCCUGGUCCAAUUCAACGCGACGAAUGGCGCACUUUCAUCGAUCCGAGCGACCGUCGCCGAAUCGAACAAGCAGAUGACCGACAUCGCCAUGGCCUGCGACCCCAACUUGGGCGAAUGCGCCGCCCUCCGCGAUUUGGGCUACCGAGUCGAAGCCCCCGCCCCGCUCAGUCAGACGUGGAACCACAAAUACGUCCUUGAUCUGGAUGAAAUUGGUUUCUCGCCCAAAUUCUUGGCGUUGAUGGAGUCCAAGUCCGCAGUGGUCAAGAAUUCGAUUCAGCGAGAGUUUUGGCGAGGGUGGAUCCAACCUUGGUCAGUCUUCUGUCCAGAUGUAGUCUCCUUGUCGCUGACGAUGUAUCCCUUGCGGACACCAGGUACCACUAUAUCCCCCUCUCUUCAUCCUACUCGGAGUUGUACAACAUUCAAUCCUUCUUCUCCGGGAUACCCGAGCCCCUCUUAAUGACCAAACUCGAAAACGACACUUUGGUCCCUCGACCCAUGACACCCCUCACCAAACCCCCCUCCAACCCUGAGAUCUCUCCCUUGUCAAGUGGAGCGCCUUUCGAAGGCGAUGCCGCGUUGAAGGAGAUCGCGAUGCAGGGGAGCCAAUGGAGGACUCGACAUGUGAGGAAGGAGGAUAUGGAGUGUUAUGUCUAUCGCUUGAUGGUGGAAUGGGCCAAUAUACUGGCAGGGGAUAAAGAGCGGGCUAAGGUUGAGGAAAUCGCUAAGAUUGCCAAGAGGUAG